CUUCUCUCUAUCGUAGCAAUGGCUUCUUCUGCUCUUUCGAUUCCUUCAUCUUCUUCGUCUCAAAACUGGGAGUACGAUGUCUUUCCGAGCUUCCACGGGAAAGAUGUACGCAUAACCUUUCUCCGCCACAUUCUCAAGGAGUUUGGAAGAAAAGCAAUCAACUUUUUUGUUGAUAACGAGAUCAAGAGAGGAGAGUUCAUCGGUCCUGAACUUAAACAGGCGAUCAAAGGAUCUAAGAUUACUCUUGUCUUGCUCUCCAAGAAUUACGCAUCUUCGUCGUGGUGUCUUGAUGAAUUGGUGGAGAUCAUGAAGAAAGAGUCGGGUCAAACGGUGAUUACCAUUUUCUAUGAAGUAGAUCCAACGGAUGUAAAAAAGCAGACCGGAGAUUUUGGGAAGGCCUUCAAAGAAACUUGUCAAGGUAAAACUGAGGAGAAGGUUCAGACAUGGAAGGAAGCUUUGGAGGGUGUGGCCACAAUCGCAGGUUACCAUUCAAGCAACUGGAUUGAUGAAGCAACCACGAUCGAAAAGAUUGCUGCUGAUAUUUCGAAAAUGCUUAAUCAUUUGACGUUGUCACGUGAUUUUGACCAUUUAAUUGGGAUGGAAGCUCAUAUGGAAAGGAUGGAACAGUUUUUACGUCUAGAUUUGGAUGAAGUGAGGAUGAUUGGGAUUUGGGGUCCGGCUUGGAUUGGGAAGACCACCAUCGCCAGGUUUUUGUUUAACCAAGUCUCAAGCAGUUUCCAAAAUAGCGCAAUAAUGGUAAAUAUCAAAGGAAGCUAUCCAAGACCUUGUCGAGAUGUGUACAAAGCAAAGUUGAAACUACAGAAAAAAAUGUUGUCCCAUAUGAUCAACCAGAAAGAUAUCGUGAUUUCUCAUUUAGGAGUCGCACAAGAACGAUUGAGACACAGGACAGUGCUUCUCGUGCUUGACGAUGUGGAUCAGUUUGCACAACUAGAAGCCUUGGCUAAAGAUGUUAAAUGGUUUGGUCCUAGAAGUCGGAUUAUCAUCACAACAGAAGAUCUAAGACUUUUGAAGAAGCAUGGGAUCAACCAUAUAUACAAGGUUGAUUUUCCAUCAAAUGAUGAGGCUCUUCAAAGGUUCUGCAUGUAUGCUUUUAACCAAAAGACCCCUGAAGAUGGUUUCGAUGCACUUGCUCGUGAAAUUACAUACCUUGUCGGUGAACUUCCUUUAGGACUAAAGGUUAUUGGAUCCCACUUUCGAAGAUUGUCCAAGGAGCAGUGGUCAAUGGAAGUAUCAAGGUUAAGGACUAACCUUGAUGGAGAUAUUGAGAGCAUUUUGAAGUUCAGUUAUGAUGCUUUAUGUGAUGAAGAUAAAGAAUUAUUCCUUCCUAUAGCUUGCCUUUUCAACCUAGUAGAUAUAAAGAUAUUAGAAGAACUUAUUGGCAAAAGAUUCAAGGAUUUGAGACGAAGGCUUUACGUUUUAGAGGAGAAAUCUCUCAUAUCUAUUGAAAUUUUGUUUGACUAUGGGUAUAUAAAGUAUGAGUAUAUAAUGAUGCAUAAUUUGAUGGCCCAACUAGGUAAAGAAAUCGUCCUUAAAGAAUUUCGUGAGCCUGGGCAUCGCCAAUUUUUGAAUGAUUAUAAAGAUAAUUGUGAAGUAGUCUCAAUAGUAAGUUUUGCCAUUAUUUUUUCAUUGCACUUAUUUUUUGUUCAUUUUUCUCAGAUUGUUGGGACUGUUGUAGGUGAGAAAACCUUUGAAGGAAUGCCUAAUCUCCAGUUCUUAAGAGUCGGAUACAUUCCUGAUCAUCCAAACAUUAUAUCUUCUUCGAAGCUAGAAUCACUAGAUUGGUCGUGUUUCCCGAUGACAUCUUUCCCUUUUAUUAAUAAUCUGAAAUUCCUUGUCGAAUUAAGAAUGUUAGACAGCAAACUUGAGAAGCUGUGGGACGGAAUCAAACUGCUUAAGAAUCUCAAGCGUAUGGAUUUGUCAAAUUCCAAAAACCUGAAAGAGCUUCCUAAUCUCUCAAAGGCCAUUAGUCUUGAGGAGUUAAACCUUGAAGGAUGUUCAAGUCUGGUGGAGCUCCCUUCUUCUGUUGGUAAUUUAACUAAUCUCCAGGAAUUAUCACUUGAAGGAUGCUCAAGGCUUGUAUCACUCCCACAGCUUCCAGAUUCCCUAAUGGUCCUAGAUGCAGAAAAUUGUGAGUCCCUAGAGAAAAUAGAUUGCUCCUUUUGCAAUCCGGGUAGUGAUGUCAUCUUCGCUAACUGCUUCAAACUAAAACAAGAAGCAAGAGAUCUCCUCAUUCAGACAUCAACUGCUAACUUGGUGGUCUUACCUGGUGAAGAAGUUCUUGCGUGCUUCACUUACAGAGGUUAUGGGAGUUCCGUAACAGUGAAGUUGAAUCAAAAGCCUCUUCCUACAUCAACCAAAUUUAAGGCUUGCAUCUUAUUUGGUAACAAGGGCGAAAAAGACGCUAUUUCUAUUUAUUGGGACACAACAUGUGUGUAUACCAAGAAGAAUAAGGGUUGCAUCUUGUUGGAUAAUAAAGGUGAACAUGAGGAACGAGGGUCGGUGUCUUGUUGCAUCAGAGACAAACUGGAUGGUUUCUUAUACCACUUGCCAAUUUUAGUGGAGCAUCUAUACAUUUUCGAAAUUGAAGUAGAGGAGGUAACUUCCACCGAGCUUGUUUUUGAUUUCGAGAUCUUCGAUGAGGAUUCCAGGACUAGGGAGAUAAAAGAAUGCGGGAUAAUCCACAUCUUGGAACAUCAUGUUGAUGGCGACGAAAAGAUGGCGAUGAAGAUGGAGACAAUUGUGAGUGAAAAAAACAAAUUCCCGAGUUACAUGGUACAAUCUAAUGUCACUGGGGAUUUGCAUUGUGGUCUCUCUGGUUUACAGAUUUUGUACUUGAAGCAAUAA